GGAAGGGACGAUGGCGGCCGCCUUGGAGUCAUCGAUGGACCGGCGAUUUCAAGGAGUCUCAAACACGAUGGAGUCUAUCCAGGGAUUAUCCUCGUGGUGCAUCGACAACAAGAAACACCACAUGCUCGUCGUGCGCUGCUGGGUGAAGUGGCUGAGGAAAUCGGAUGCCAAUCACAGGCUCAAUCUCUUCUACCUCGCUAACGAUGUUAUUCAGAACUGCAAAAGGAAGAACGCUAUAAUUUACCGAAACACCUUUGCUGAGGUGCUGCCAGACGCCGCCCUGCUGGUCAAGGAUGCAAAAGUGUGUAAGUCAGUGGACAGGAUCUUCAGUAUUUGGCAGGAGAGGAACAUUUAUCCUGAGGAGCUGAUCUCUGAGCUGAAGGCCAGUCUGCAGGAGAAAGAGAAAGAGAAGGAGAAAGUGAAAGAGCAACAGCCUUCUCCUGCCCCAGUCAACUCCAAAACUGCUCUUAAGUCUAAAAUUGUUGCAGAGUUUGUACCACAUGAUUUUGUUGAGCGGUUAACGUCUUACAAGAACUCUUUGGAUGAGAGUGAUGUAAGAGAGAAGCAGCUAGCUGCUCUCAGAGUGGACGUCUGCAGCACAGAGGCCCUCAAAAGGUUAAAAGAUAAAGCCGGGGGGAAUAAGUUCUCAAAGGACUUUGACGAGGGAAGCACAAAGCUGCAGGAAUUUGUGACGUUCCUGGAGGGCCAGAUAAAAGCAGGACCCCCACUGCUGGAGGCGCUGGGAAACGCAGACAUCUUUUACGAGAUGCAGUACAAAGAGGUCAAAAUUGUUGCCAAUGCGUAUAAAGCUUUCGCCAAUCGCGUCAGUGGCUUGAAGCGUAAGCUGGAUGCUCUGAAGGCCACAUUGCCCAGUCUGGAUGACUCUCCCAUGCCUUCCCCCUCUGAGGACGCCCCGUCCCCCACCGGCUCAGAGUCACCCUUCCAUGCCAUUAGCUCCAGGAGAGGUUUGGGAAGUGGGGAUGGAAAAGGAGGAAGAGGUUUGGAGCAACAGAAGGACAACAGAGACAUAGAGGACAUGGACAUGUCUGAGGAAAAAGAAACGGAGGCAAAUGCUGGAAUCAUUGGUAAGAGGAAGCAGAAAUGAGGGGAAAUUUAGACGAUUGAUGCGAGAGAGAAGUCAAGGCUUCCAUCGGUGUCCAAGAUUACGAAUGAUACAGCAACAAAAAGCUCUCAGAUCACCACUUCUAAACCCUCCCAGAUUUUAGCAACUCCAACAAAGACGGUGUCUGUGUCAUCAACCAAUCAAAUGCCUCCAGCAAACACCACACCCAUUACGAGCACACCUGUACCUGCCCCUGUCGUUAGCCCCUCCCCCCUACAGGUGAACUUGGCCAAUGUGGAUCUGGGCAAGAUCAGCUCCAUUCUGAGCUCGCUCUCCAAUGCAAUGAAGACCACUGGCGUCAGUCCUGUGUCCCGUCCUUCCCAUGGCACACCUACUACACCAUCCAACCAUGCCUCCUCCUCCAAAGCCCCUCCUUUGACUCCUGGCAACAUUCCCUCAUCCAAUCCUCUGGCUAGCAUCUUGUCUAAAGUGGAUUUCUCCCCCGAGAACAUCCUAAAUGUUCUCACAAAAACACAGACCCACAGCCCAAACCUGCAGGGUUUGUCCUCUCUCCUUUCAUCAGCUCGUACAGGCGCUCUCACCACUUCAGACCCUGUUCCGUCUUCAUCUGCCUCUUCUUCAUCAUCUUCAACUGUCACCACAGCUGCAGCGACCUCCACCAUAACUACUCAGAAGGCCCCAAAGCCCACAGGCAACAAUGUCAAGCGAGAGUCUGAGCGGGAGAAAGGGAGAGAGAGGGAGAAAGUAAAUGAGAGGGAAAGAGAAAAAGAAAGGGAACGAGUUAAAGAGAGAAAGAAAGAAAGUGAGACCGACGGUGUGGUAUUGCCCAGCCUGGAGUCGAAGAUCAAGAUUUUCCUCCAGGGAAAUCCUGGUUUCAGCGCUCUUGGACUUGGCUUGGAUGAGGUGGGCAGCAAUAGCCCUCUCCUCGUUGGUGGGGAUAACCUGGAUGGCACCCCUGUCCGAGAUGAAAGCGGUAGCACCCCCACACAAGAUGAAGUUAUGGACUCGCCCCAUGAACUCAGUGAACCCCAGAGUGCAGGUCUGUCUGGAGGUCGUAACCUUUCACCUACAGCCUAUCACAGUGACCCCUGGGAUGCCGUGAUCACUCCACAAGAGGCUCUGGGAGAAAACGAGCGGAAAGACAGAGAUUACCGAACACCACCACCCUCACGACUCCCCGCAUUUAGCCCAAGUGCGACUAAACCAGUCAAGGCUAUGAGUAAAACCAAAGAGGAAGAAGGGUUGAAGAGAAAAGUAUCGUGUUUGAAUCUUCCAUCAGCUGCCAAAGAGCAGGAUUCCAAAAGAAAGGCAAAGAUGUACAGAGAUGGAGAGAAAAAUGCAUCUUCCCGCAGGCCAAGUGGAGGAUCCGACGUUGGGACUAAAGACAAGGAAAGGAAAGCUUCAGCUGACAAUGGAGACCACUACCAUCGCAUUGAGACUCUUGUUUCUUCAUCCUCUGGUGAGGGAGCACCAAACAAAACUCUUGAUUAUGGCAACCGCAUCCAAACUGUGGAAAGCAUCCGCGUGGUUGGGAGAGUACUGAGAAGAGGGAGCAGUGCGGGUUCUAGAGUGGGCGGGGCCUGGUAUGAAGAGGAGGAGUUUACUGAAGCCCUGCCUCCACAUCACCCUGCUAGUCGCAGCCAUGAGAGUUCUGAGGAGUUGGGAUUGGUCCCUCCUCUUCCUGCUCACCCUCCGCCCCCUUCGCAGUGUCCACCUCAACCCUACCCAAACAAGGACCCCAUACGACCUUCUCAUGGCAUUCCUCAGCACCAUCCUCCCCCUCAGUUUUUUCCCUCUUCCAUUCCUCCAGUCCCACCACCCCUUUCUCCCAUCCCUCAAACCCCACCUCCUUCCAGAGACUUCUCCCUUUCCUCAAACUCCUCUGUUAUGGUUGGUGGUGUCCUUGUACCUAUAGACCGGGUCCUGCCCUAUCCACCUGCCAACUUCCAUCCUGAUGGAGCGGGGCAUGGAGGUAGCGGUGGUCGUGCCCCUCCCAGAGAUGGCAAACCCCAACUCCUUUCCUUGUUAGGAGAUCCCCCUCGCCAAGGUACGGUGAAAGAGCAGUUCAUUUUGCAUCACACCCCACCUCUUCACCAUCCUGGGACCCCGGGUGUUCCUCCUCCCCUCCUGGGCAGAAUUCGAGAGGGACCCAGUCCCACACCACCAUCACCCUCUACCCCAACCACACCUACUCCUCCAUCCCCAGCUGGGGAACCCCAUCCUCAUUCGUCUGUCCCCAACCGCCUACCCCUCCACACCCCAAAUCAGAGACCCCGCCGUCCUUCCUCACCUCACUCCCUUCUCCCAUUACCAAACCAGCAUCACGUACAUCGUUCCCCACAGUUUCCCAGAGGAUCCCUGUCCCUUAUCCGUGAACCCCUUCUACCUGGGACAAAGCGUCCUGCUGCUGGUUUCAGCAGUGGGCCUUUCAACCCACCCAAAAGACCCUUUCUGCCCCCUCGAUAUUAGCCUCUCAGAAUGAGUGCUAAGUGUGAAAUAGGAAGUGUGGAAAGUUGCAUUACCUGCUAAUCUCGGCGUGAGAGUUAGACUGCAUGUAAAUACGCAUGCACCUGCCCCAUGUUACAGCACUACUCUUCUCAGUGAAAGAAGUUUUCGGAUACCCUAAAGAUAAACUAGGAGGAGGAGAAUGUGGAGAUCCAGAAACAUCCAUGGAAUAUGAACGAAGGAAAAGGUGGUUAUCCGGUUUGAUUGGUGUAAUGUGAAAGAGUGGUUGUGGAGUGUGUGUGUGUGUGUGUGUGUGUGUGUGUGUGUGUGUGUGGUUUAUGGAGGACUUGUAAGUAGAUACACGAUAUCUCUUUCCUUCUAGUAACUGUUACUUCACUUUUCCACUUUAUAACACUAGCUUUUCUUUUUUCUUUCUUUUUGAUGUAAAAUACUAGUUUAUGCUGUUGAGGGGUUAUAGAAGGUUUUUUUUUUUUUUUUGGUCUUUUAACCUGUUACUCUGACUUUUGUACACAAAGCCAGUGGAUUUCAACUUUUAUUCCUGCGUGAUUAAAUUAUUGACAACAAUGUAAUGCUGAGCAACCAUAAUGGCUUGUAGUGAUAAAAAAAAAUAUAGCCACUUCAUCAACCUUCACUAAGAUGUGAAGAUUUGGGCUCACACUGCGUACAGUAUUAGCUAACUAAGUGUUCAAAUAACUACUUGGUAGUUUUCCAGUGCUUUUCAAGAGUUCCUUUGCGUUUUGUUUUUUUCUUGAUAGAGUUAUUAAAUGUGUUCUGAUUAAUAAAAGCAUUGUGAGAAGAAAUAUUAUUGA